UCUUAAAACUCAAAAUAUAAAAUGAUUUUUAAACACAGAGGUUUAAAUAGAUUAAAUGGAAAUUUAAGCUUUAAUUAAAAUGUAUGCUAUUGUAUAAUGGGAAUGUAAUUUCAGCUAGAUCUGUAGAAGUUCAUGUUAAGAAAUUGUUGAAAUGUGUCCACGCACUUCAACAAGAAGUUAAAAGCCAUUUUGAUUGCAUUAUAACUUUACAAGAAGAUAGAAACAAAAAUGAGGCUAAUAUUUCAAACACGAUUGAAACUUUUAAUUUGAAGAUUGAAACUAGCGCGAAAGAAGUUUUACGGCUGUCAACAGAUUUAAAAACAUUAGCAGAGCCCCGUGUGUGUUCACCUUACUUCUGUCAAAUUUAUUUGAAGACCGACAAAGUGUUCGCUGCAGGGUCAAUUAUUUCUACAUUCCAAAGUGUUAUGGAACGUAACGGCAGCCAUUUUAAUCAGACAACAGGAAAACUUGUAGCACCAGAUGAUCGAUGCUAUCUUGUUAUUGUAACGUUACAGGAGAGUGAUGGUAGACUGAUUAGUGUAAGGGUAUGUGUUGAAGGCAAUUCUAAAAAAAGUGUAUUUGUAACUUCAGCUGUCUGUGUUUCAACUAUUGUUGACAUGAAGAAAGGAGAAAAACUUUACUUUGAAUUAAUUUUGGCAGAAGUACGAGCUAAGCUACAAACUAGCAGUGGGUUCACUAUAGUUAGUUUAUAGAUGUGUAUCGUAAGUACAAAUUUUAAAACAUAAAAUAAGUAAGCUAAAGUGCUUUUAGAGAUCAUCUGCAUAUGUAGUUGUACGAAUUCUGAAAGCAAAGAUGGGAAAACCUAAUGUUGAUAUCGAUCAAUGUCUGUACCUAAAACUGCUAAAUUGUUUUUAGAGGUAAAUAUAUAAGAAGUGAACAAAAAAAUCGGGCUUGUGAGGUGGUAUACUUGUAAUAACUAAGCCUAUAGAGUUGUAUAUGUAAAAGGCAUAAUGAAAUCUAUCAAUAACAUAGCCUUUCUAGGUCCGAGGUUUGAUUAUCGUUCAAAGACUAGUAAAAGACACAUCAAUAAGUUAUGUCAAACACUAGCACCAAGUAUAGAGUAUCGAAUAUACCAAAUUUUAUUGCCAGUCUUAAUGAUCUCCUAUCUCGUUGUGGGUCUGUCAGAUAUUUGGUCACAUUUACGGUAAAACAUCUGAUCUUGGUGGGCCGUGUGGGGUCAGUCCAUCUGUACUUUGGGUUUAGGCCAUAUCAAAUAAAGAAAUGA